AUGGUUUCCGAAAUCUGGGAAGACCCAGUGUUGGAGAAUUAUUUUACUGCCCACCAUGGAGGCGUAACGUCGCUUAGCAUCAGCCCUAAUGGAAAACAGUUAGACGGUCAAAAUGUUGGUGCGUUCGUGCUCAUCAGGCUACCGUUCGCUGCAUUGACUUUACCGCAGAUGGACACAACAUCGCAACAUGCUCAAACGACAAAUCAAUUAAGAUUUUCUGAUGACGCUCGCUUACUUGCGUCGUGCUCUGAUGACUGUCUUGUGAAACUUUGGGACACAACCUAUCAGACGAAUAUUCAUACAUUUCGUGGCAACACCUGCGCCACUCUUUGCGUCGAAUUCCAUCCCGGUGGUUGCUACGUUGCAUCGUGCGCAACUGAUGGCUCUAUUCGAAUAUGGGAUUUGCGAAUGAUGCGACUAGUUCAGUUGUACAAAGAACAUUCUUUGGCAGCACUGAAUAUCCACUUCCAACCGGCAGGUCACUUUUUGGCUAGUUCGUCUGCGGACAAGACGGUUAAACUGUACGACCUGGUCGAAGGCAGAAUCGUCUAUACUUUGCAUGGACAUCAGGUACGGUUUGUUGUUGUCAGCUGGGAGCUUGUUCAGGACGAAGAAGCUUUCGAGUUUAACAGAGAUAGAGCACCGAUUCCUUAUGUAUUGAAAGAGAGUGGAAGAGCUCAAACGAAUCCGCUCCCAAAGUCCCCAAAACUGACAACGCGCUUUACCAGAACUCAAAGUCCUACCGCCAGAAGCGGUCGUCGUAGUCCAGAAAACACCGGCCAGAUCAAGACGGCGUUGUCUGACAUCGCUGACCAGCUGAGCCUUAUCACAGAAACCGUGUCGUUGUUGGAGAAACGUCAGAGCCGCGUCGAACAAAAACUGGAACAGUUGGACCAGGAUCAUUUCAGGCCUUGA